AUGGCGACCACCGCCAACCCCACCACCGACCUCUUCUCGCGCCUCUCCUUUCGCCGCGCCGUCUCCCCCUCCCCACUCCGCCUCCCCUCCCUGCUGACCCCUUCGCCGCGCGUCUCCGUCGCCAUCGUCGCCCUCCACAAGCGCAACCCCAAGCGCCUCAAGUACGACUCCCAGCGCCAGUUCACGAGAGGGGAUGGCGGGAUGCUGCGGGUGCAGGUGGAACCCUCCGGCGAGGGCUUCUGGAAGCUGGACCCCGUCGUCGACCUCAUCAACAGCGGCGCCGUCGGCGUCAUCCCAACCGACACCGUCUACUCCAUCGUUUGUGAUCUGAGUAACAAUGACUCUAUUGAGCGCCUCCGCAGAAUCAAAGGCAUUGUAAAUUCAAAGCCUCUCAGCAUCUUGUGCCGCUCGUUGCGAGAUAUUGAUACCUACACAACAGGAUUUCCUCUAGGUACCAACCAAGGGCAAGCUAACAUUUUCCGUGCUGUCAAGCGUAUAUUACCGGGACCUUACACCUUUAUUUUACCUGCGACUAAGGAAUUGCCCAAGCAAUGCAUCAAGCAUGGGUCAUCUACUAGGUAUGCGAAAAGGAGGCAGGUUGGUGUUCGAAUGCCAGAUGAUCCCAUAUGUCAAGCAAUACUGCAAAAUCUGGAAGAACCGUUGAUCUGCACAAGUGUCAAAUAUCUGGCAGAGGAUGAAUGGAUACUUGACCCAGUAACCAUUGCCGAUAUUUAUGAGCCACUGGGACUCGAUUUCAUCGUUGAUGGUGGUGCUAGAAUUGCUGAUCCAUCUACUGUCGUUGACAUGACUGGAAGUUAUCCUACCAUUAUUCGCCAGGGAAAGGGUGCAAAGCUUGAUUGGAUGGUAACAGGCACGGACCAAGAGGCGCAGUCAACCUAUUCUCGUAAAGCAGCUUGA